GAUUGGUGAGAAAUAGAAAAAUAAAAAACUGGAAAUAUUGGAAGAGAAAGAGUAAUGAGAUGUUUCAUACAAUGUUUUUUUUUAAAGUACUUUAAAUCAUAACGGAGAGUAUUAAAGAAAUGAGUUUCAAUGACGACCAGGAUGAUUGCCCAGUCUUGAUUCCAAUCAAUUCAAGUUCAGUUGAUGGCAAUGACGGUAUUAAUGAGAAAACAUCUGGGAAGUCAGACUCAUCUGAAAAGCGAGUCCCUGUCACGAUUGUUACAGGAUUUUUAGGUGCUGGAAAGACUACACUGUUGAAUUUUAUUCUCACAGAAAAGCACAAUAAAAGAAUUGCUGUUAUUCUAAAUGAAUUUGGAGAAGGUUCAGCAUUAGAAAAAUCUAUGGCAAUUGGUCAGGGUGGUAAUCUUUAUGAAGAAUGGCUGGAACUAAGAAAUGGGUGUCUCUGUUGUUCUGUCAAAGAUAUUGGUGUAAAAGCAAUUGAGAAUUUAAUGAAGAAGAAAGGAAAGUUUGAUUAUGUUUUACUUGAGACAACUGGUUUAGCAGAUCCUGGACCUAUUGCAUCUAUGUUUUGGAUGGAUGAUCAAUUAUGUAGUGAUCUAUAUCUUGAUGGGAUUGUGACAGUAAUCGACGGAAAAUAUGGUUUGAAACACCUGACAGAGGAAAAGGAGGAAGGAAUACUCAAUGAAUGUGUCAGACAAGUUGCUUUAGCUGACGUUUUGAUCAUUAACAAACUCGACUUAAUAGAAAAAGAAGAACUGGCACAACUACGAGAUUUACUAAGAAGUAUAAACGCAACGUGUACUUUCAAAGAAACUCAAAGAUCAAGAGUGAAUAUAGAAGAAAUUUUGGAUUUACAUGUUUUUGAUAACGUGACGAAAAUAAACAAUGAGAAACUACAGAUGUUUCACCCACCACAAGCUUCGCCACAUAUUGACAAGAGUGUCAGAACCGUGAGUUUAAAUGUGGAAGGUGAAGUGGAUGACGAUGAGUUUGACACUUGGUUACAGGAAUUACUCUGGGAGAAGAGUUUUCGUAAUCCAGUUACUGGCAAUCGGAUGGAUAUUUUGCGAUUUAAAGCACUAAUAUCAUUUCGCGGUUUCCGUGAAAAAGUGAUUGUUCAAGCCGUCCAUGAACUGUUUGAUAAAGUACCCACGGAAGAAUGGGUGGACGAUGAAAAACGAAUAAACCGAAUCAUUUUUAUUGGAUCUAACCUGGACAAAGAAGUGCUAGAAGAAAGUUUUGUCAAAAACUGCUUAAUUCAAAGUGACAAGAAUUCUGCUGAAAAUUGAACACAGAAUUCUCUAUUUCUUCUAUUAUACAGGGUGUCCCAAAAAAAACGCAACACUUAAAUAUGCAUGAAUAUUAAUAUUGUUCGGGUUUGCACCAUA